UGGAUCUGUGCGCCCACGUCAGGUGUCGCCCACAAACCUGACCUCAGCUCUUAGUCAGUUUCACUCCAGACUUGUAUCCGAACUGGAAUAAUAUGUGAAAGACCGGAGUGCACUGGGUUUCAACUUUCAAAUACGCUAAAAGCAACCAGAGGAUGAGUGGAGUCACAGUUUGGGCUGAGGUGGCGGACAUAGCACAGGAGGAGUCACGAUCUCCACCUUGGACUGAAGAACGUUGUGAGGAGCUGUGGGAUCGUGUGGAGGGAGUACGACACAAGCUCACGCGCAUCCUCAACCCGGCCAAACUUACUCCAUACCUUCGGCAGUGCAAGGUCAUUGAUGAACAGGAUGAAGAUGAGGUGCUCAACUCCACGCAGUACCCACUACGCAUCAGCAAAGCAGGCCGCCUACUGGAUAUUCUUCAUGGUCAGGGCCAGCGAGGUCUUCAAGCCUUCAUGGAGUCACUGGAGUUUUACCACCCAGAGCAGUACACACAGCUGACCGGAAAGCAGCCUACACAACGCUGCUCCCUCAUUUUGGAUGAAGAAGGUCCAGAGGGUUUGACCCAAUUCCUCCUGCUAGAGGUACGAAAAUUAAGGGAGCAGCUUCGAAACAGCCGCUUGUGUGAGCGACGUCUGUCUCAGCGUUGCCGAAUGGCAGAGGAUGAACGCAGCCGUGCAGAACGUAAAGCUCAGGAGUUACGUCAUGACAAACUGCAGCUGGAGAGGCUGCGUCAGGACUGGGAAUCCGCCAGUCGAGAGCUGGGCAAGCUGAAGGACCGGCACCUGGAGCAAGCUGUGAAGUACUCCAGGGCCUUAGAGGAGCAGGGCAAGGCCUCCACCCGCGAAAGGGAGCUUCUGAGGCAGGUAGAGGAGCUGAAGUCCAGGUUGACGGAGGCAGACAAGCAAACAACGGACACUCUGGGGAAUUCAACGCCAUCCAAAAGAAACAGUUUACCCGUCAGUGGAGUAAAUGCUUCUCCACCUGCUUUGCCAGAAAAACCCCUGGAGCGUAGUGAAGUCCAGAAGUCUGAAGACACAGGAGCUCAGAUGAGAGAUUCAGUUCCUGCCACUGGAGUCAUUGCUCUGAUGGACAUCCUGCAGCAGGACCGCAGGGAGGCUGCAGAGCAGAGGCAGGAGCUGUGUAACAUUAUCACCAAACUCCAGGGGGAGUUACAGAGCUGUGAGGAGCACAGGGACAAGGUGGAGUCACAGUGUGAGCAGCUACAGCUGAAGGUGAGGACUCUCCAGCUGGACUGGGAGACUGAGCAGAAGAGGAGUGUGUCCUACUUUAACCAGAUCAUGGAACUGGAGAAAGAAAGGGAUCAGGCCCUGCGUAGUCGGGACAGCUUGCAGUUGGAGUACACAGACUGUCUUUUGGACAAGAACCGUCUACGCAAGCGCAUUGCAGAGCUGCAGGCCAACUUGGAGCAGCAGGAGAGGGAGCUGGAGAAGGAGAGGGGCCGAGAGCAAAUGGAGCAGAAUAGCCCCUGUCUGCACUGUUCCCACCUGUCUCUGUGGAGUGAGGACCAGUGUUACGGCCCGUGUUGUUCCCUCGGCCUUGACCUGAGCCCCCAGGCCAACAGCCACCAUCAGCUCUUACGGAAGGUGCCCUCUAGAGGCCAAGCAAAUGAGAACUCCGGUGAUUCUUGCUCCAACUCAGAGGAAAACCUCUUGACAUCAACAGAAGACAAUGAAAAGGAAAUAAAUCGGCUCUCUACAUUCCCAUUUCCCCCAUGUAUGAACUCCAUCAAUCGACGAUUUAACACAGAGUUUGACAUGGACUCAUGGGGCAGUGAUGAGAAUGAUAACAUUACAGGUGAGCAGAGUGAUCUUUCUCUUUGGGAUUCCUGGAACUCCCUACACUCUCAUCUGUUUCCCCCUGACCUGGUCAGCCUGCCCACAGCCCCGGCACACCAGCCUAGUCCCAGCAUUUCCAGGAUACCUCCCCGCUCCCCAUCUUCAAGUCCCCCUACCUCUCCAAAGAACAGAAAAGGCAGUCUAGCUGAUGAUAUUACAAUAGUCGGAGGAAACCGAACAGGGAUCUUUGUUAGCCAUGUGAGAGCUGGUUCAUCAGCUGAACAAUGGGGACUGAAGGAGGGCAGUGAGCUUCUGGAGCUGGAGAGGGUUUUGUUUGGGGGGGGCAGUGUGCUGCUGGGCCAGUGCACUGCUGAGGUAGCCCACUUUUCUCUUCAGUGGUGGACUGAACCUUCAACACUAAAACACCAGAGCAACCCAGAGGCAUAUGCCAAGCUGUGCUCCCAGCUCUCCUCUCCAGCUUUCAUGGGUGCUGACUCCUUCUAUGUGCGUGUUAAUCUUGACAUGGAGCCUCAUGGGGACCCACCAUCUCUGGGUGUAUCCUGCGAUGACAUUAUACAUGUCACAGACACACGGUACAAUGGGAGGUACCACUGGCGCAGUUCCCUGGUGGACCCACGCACAGCCAAGCCCCUGCAGACAGGCACCAUGCCCAACUAUAACAGGGCUCAACAGUUGUUACUUGUCAGGCUACGGAAACUGGCCCUAGAACAAAAGGACUUCAAGAAGAAGGUGUUCAUGAAGAAAUCUUCAGGUCGUGUACGACUGGUCAAGGCUGUGGAUCCCAGUUAUCGUGGCAUUGGUUCAGCACAGCAGGUCCUUUACACACUGAGUAAACGUCACGAGGAGCACUUGAUUCCAUACAGUUUAGUACACCCAGUGCAGGUUCAGACUAAGCGGCCCGUCAUCUUCUCUCCCUCUCUCCUCUCCCGUGGACUCAUAGAGAGACUGCUGCAACCUGCAGAUUCAGGUUUAAACUUCAACACAUGUCCACCAGAGCCUAUUCAGGCUUCAGAGAGACGAGACAAGAGAGUAUUCUUGUUGGAUUCCUUCACUCCGGACCAGGCUCUGGGCAUACGACUGCAGUCAAUACAGGAUGUCAUCAGUCAGGACAAACACUGCCUGCUGGAGCUGGGGUUGUCCAGUGUUGAGGGCUUAUUGCGACAGGGAAUUUAUCCUAUUGUUGUUCAUAUUCAUCCUAAAAACAAAAAACACAAGAAGCUGAGAAAGUUUUUUCCACGGUGUGGAGAGGACCGAGCAAUGGAGGAGGUAUGUCAGGCUGAAGAGCUACAGCUGGAGACACUUCCUCUGCUUUAUUACACUCUGGAACCCAACACCUGGAGCUGCACAGAUGAGCUGCUGGCAAUCAUACGCAAUGUCAUCGCCAGCCAGCAGAGGGCAGUAGCAUGGGUUGAACUAGAUAGGCUGCAGUAGAGGCAAUAUUAACAGAAGAUUUUUUAAACCAAGGAUAGAUUUACUAUAGUUAAAUUAGAAUUUCACAGAAGACCAAGAUCAAAUGUCGACCCGUUUGGAAUUCAUAAGAAGCCAAAUUAGGUCAAUGAAAAAAGAGUUUGGUGGUGAACACGAGUUUCUGAAUUCACAUGUGAAUAAAUGAACCAAACUGUACAAACUGGAAAGGAUAUUGUUGGCCCAAAUUAAUAAUAUCUGUGAACUGUGAAUGUCAUCUAGAAAAAAGUCUGUGAAUGCUUUGCAGGCGUUCUACUUGAAAGGUACACAUGUCAAAUUACAGGCUUGUAGAUUCAGGUCUUUAUUAACAGGAAUUAGGUCAUUAUUGUUUCUUCAUUCAGUCUGACAGCUGCUACACUCGACUGUUUCCAUGACAUUGUAUUUAACAAGGCAGUGAAAGGGCCAUAUCAGGUUCUGUUUUUUUUUAUAUAUCAAGACUAUACUGCUCAGUUUGUGAUGUUGAGAGGAGUGUACUACAGUAGUGUAAUAUACUAUUGUGCGAAUUUGCUGAUCCACAGUAUAAGGAUGAUCAUAUUUUUAAAGAGAAUGUAUGCAUAUUUUGAUGUCCUGUAAGUCUCAAGUUUGCCUUUUUCAUUUUACAUUUUUCACACUGAAAAAUGCAUAUGUGUCUGCGUAAUCUUGCUGAAACAACAAACCCUAUGUUGGCCUAAAACAGUUGCACAGCACUGUACGUGCUGCAAAAUGUAUAGUUUUCAUUUGUAACUGAUAAAAUUUGUAAAAGAAUAAUAAAAAUGUUUGACUUG